AUGUCCGCGAACAAACCGCAAUAUCAAGACCAGCGAACCUUUGUUGAGCGACCAGUGGACGACGAUGCAACAUCGCGAUCUUCCACUCUGGAUGGCAACGAGGAGGACGUCCCCUAUCCAUCGAAGAAGUCGUUGGCGCCUUCAGCCACGAAGAUGAGCCUCACAGGCCAGGAGCCGGUAUCUCCAGCACCCGCACCGCAUGUCCCUGGUCCUCUGGAGUCGCAACUUGCCGCCCUAAUGUCCAAGCUUGUCUACAUCGAACAAUCGAAUCCUGCCAUAUCAAUCAAGCCUGAAGAGUACGAGCAGACGAUGGCGCGUCUGAAAGCGUUGGAAGACGAGAAGAAGACAUGGUGGAAGCGACACGACGCCAUCUGGGCCCUUCGAGACGAAGAUGUAGAGAACAACAUUAAGAUUCGUGUAAGUGUGAAGACGAUGGAUCAGCGCAAGACAUUAACUAACAUGUCGAUACAGGGACUGCUAGCUAGCUGUCGACGCGAACUGGACGCGACCAAAAAGCUGCGCGACGAAGAUCUCAUCAACGUGCAGAUUGUACGGAGCAAGCUUGCUGAAAAGACAAGAGAGGUGGAGCGAUUGCAUGCACAGACUGGACGUAGCAGUCCAAGCCGGGGACGUCCAGGUAGCUUUCUCGAAAGGCGCGACACAACCGACCUCUUUACUGCGGCCAAGGUGGCAGCUCUCGAGCAGCGAGCUCUCGAAUUAGAAAAGCGAAACUCUGAUCUUGUCGCGCAGUUAGGGGCGCCGCGAGGUGGCAGCAUCGACGAUCUAAACCGAUCGACCGCUCACCAAGCGUGGAAAGGGACCGUUGCUGAUCUUGAAUCCAAGAUCAGGGCCAAAGACGCUGAGCUCGAGCGGCUACGGUCCCAGGGUGCUUCGGGAGGAAGCGGGCAGAUGGACUGGUACCGAAUUGAAGCCCUGCUUGAGGAACAUGCUACCUACCGCGAGAGCAUCGGAGGCAAGCUGCAGGCUCUCCGGUCGGAGAAGGAGGGACUCAUGAGGGAUCUACACCGCAAGGAGAAUGACUGCCAAGUGUUGGAACUCAAAGUGCAGACGCUGCAGAGACGGGCGAACGUGGUGUGA